CAGCAGGUGGCGCUGUGACUGCUGAGGCGGAGAGUGGCAAGAAAACGAAGCAGGAAGCGUUAUUAGCAUUAGUCUACAGGGUACAUCCAGGCAAUUCCAGAUUAUUUAGUUUUUAUUUAAGGCACUGCCCCCCCUCCCCCCGCCCCAUCCCCAUCUGCAAGACUCUUGGGAUUGGAGCGCACCAGCGGACCCGCCAACAUGCCAGCCGCUCUGCCAGACUCCAGUCAGAUAAUCUGUGAAGUCUGGGCGAGCAAUGUGGAGGAAGAAAUGAGGAAGAUCCGACAGAUUAUUCAGAGCUACAACUACGUCGCUAUGGACACAGAAUUCCCCGGAGUCGUGGUCCGACCGAUCGGUGAGUUUCGCAGCACCGUGGACUACCAGUACCAGCUGCUUCGGUGCAAUGUGGACCUCCUGAAGAUCAUCCAGCUUGGGCUCACAUUCAUGAACGAAGAUGGCGAUUAUCCUCCAGGCAUGACGACGUGGCAGUUCAACUUCAAGUUCAACCUGACAGAGGACAUGUACUCUCAGGACUCCAUAGACCUGCUCCAGAACUCAGGCCUGCAGUUCAAGAAACACGAAGAGGAGGGAAUCGACACGCUCUACUUUGCCGAGCUCCUGAUGACGUCGGGCCUGGUUCUGUGUGAAAACGUCAAGUGGCUGUCCUUCCACAGUGGCUACGACUUCGGUUACCUGGUGAAGCUGCUGACGGACGCUCGGCUCCCUGAAGAGGAACACGACUUCUUUCAGAUCCUCAACUUGUUCUUCCCAGCGAUCUACGACGUCAAGUAUCUGAUGAAGAGCUGCAAGAGUUUAAAGGGCGGACUGCAGGAGGUGGCGGACCAGCUGGAGCUGAAGAGGAUCGGGCGACAGCACCAGGCCGGGUCGGACUCGCUGCUCACAGGGAUGGCGUUCUUCAGGAUGAAAGAGCUUUUCUUUGAAGACAACAUCGAUGAUGCCAAGUACUGUGGGAGGCUGUACGGCCUGGGCUCAGGCUCCAACCAACCCCAGAACGGCAUUUCCAGUUCGGGUCAGGAGGAGACCAACAACAAGCACUGACGGAGCACCUCACACACUCACACGGCCGUUUUUAAAGCCAGCCAGCAGACGUCCCUCUUCCAGAGAGAAUCUGAGCCUCCCAGCUGAGUGACUCCCCGGUGGACUCGCCCAUCCUUCAGCGGCUCCUGAUUUUUUUAAAUCACCUUUUAAGCGAGUCGACGUCACGUAGUCCGAACACUUUUAAAUCUGCUUUUACGGCGCUGCUCCUGUGUCCGACUGGGAUUUUAGAGACUUCAGUUCAGUCAGACAGCUGAUAUGAAUUUUUCUUUUGCUGGGAUUUAAUUUUCCGUGUCGACGCCCGACGGCCUGUACAGUAAAAUGCUUUAGAUCAUUCCAAAGCUGCAGGAACUUGUGAGCGAGCUCUGUGUGGGAACGUGUCAGUCAUCCAUCAGCUCCACUGUUUCACGUUCUGCUUGGUUUUCAGCUGUUGUACAUUAAACUGUUUUGUAUUUUAAUUGUAAA